UAUUAUUGUUUCUUUCUCUCUAUAAGUUACAUGAAAAGGCAAACCAAGUUCUGCAUGUAAUAGUAAUAAUCAUUUGAAGACUAUCAUGAAGGUUUCUGGGUUUUGGCCAUUGUUCUUCUUGCUCGCUGUGGCAGCCGCUUUAGCAUUCCUUAACUUCUUAUCUUCCGAUGGUGGAUCCAACUUUUCCGAUUUGCCUGUUACCAACUAUGGACAUGGAACAUCGGAAAUUGUAACAAGAAGGAAACUCAAGGAAAAUGAUAGCAAGAGAACAAGUAAGGACAAAGUUGAUAAUAGACUCAUUAAUCUAGAUGAUUAUGCCGGCAAAAAUGGUCCAUAUAAAGCUGUAAGAACUGAACCUAUUGAGCAUGGAACUCCUUACUUGCCAUUUCUCCCAAGACCUCCACCUCCCGAUCUUCCUAGCCCCGACGGAUAUUCCGAUCUAUCCGAUCUUCCUAGCCCCGGUGUAUAUUCUGAUCUUCCUACUCCCGGAGGUUUUUAAGUAACAAGUAUUAUAUCGUAUUUUAUGCCGACAUAUCAUGUGUCUGUCUGCUCGAAAUAUGAUAAUGACUAUGUUUAAGAAAUCUUUCUAUGAAAAUAAUAGACUAAGUAUAUUUUGGUGAGUUUGGACACUAUUUAUGUAAUUUAUAUGUUGGAGUGAUCUUAGUAGAGUUUAAUUUCCUACUUUUAAUCCAUGUUGUCUCAUGUGCUUGCAUUGUGUUGUGAAAAAGGGAAAAAGCUGUUGUAGCUUUUGGCAUCCUAUAAGGUGUCCAGUUGAAUCUGUCUAUCUUGAGUUAUAAUAUA